AUGGCGGCGGCGGCGGGGCAGGGUGCGGGGGGCGCCGCCGAGGAGGCGUUUCUCACCUUCUACAGCGAGGUGAAGCAGAUCGAGAAGCGAGACUCGGUUUUAACGUCAAAAAACCAAAUUGACAGGCUCACCCGACCUGGAUCUUCGUAUUUCAACCUGAACCCCUUUGAGGUUCUGCAAAUGGAUCCGGAAGCCACAGACGAAGAGAUAAAGAAAAGGUUCCGGCAGUUAUCAAUACUGGUACAUCCGGACAAAAAUCAAGAUGAUGCGGAUAGAGCCCAGAAGGCCUUUGAAGCUGUAGAUAAAGCGUACAAGUUGCUACUAGAUCAAGAGCAAAAGAAGAGGGCCUUGGAUGUGAUACAGGCAGGAAAAGAGUAUGUGGAACAUACUGUGAAAGAAAAAAGGAAGCAGUUGAAGAAGGAUGGAAAACCUCCCAUUGUGGAAGAGGAUGAUCCUGAAGUUUUCAAACAGGCUGUGUACAAACAGACCAUGAAGCUGUUUGCUGAGCUGGAAAUAAAGAGGAAAGAACGAGAAGCUAAAGAAAUGCACGAAAGGAAGCGGCAGAGGGAAGAGGAAAUUGAGGCCCAGGAGAAAGCUAAACGAGAGCGAGAAUGGCAAAAGAACUUUGAGGAAAGUCGGGAUGGUCGUGUGGACAGCUGGAGAAAUUUCCAGGCAAAUACAAAGGGGAAGAAAGAAAAGAAAAACAGGACCUUCCUGAGGCCUCCCAAAGUAAAAAUGGAGCAGCGUGAAUGAUCCUGGCAGCACUGCCCAAGUGCGGCUCCUCAGUCCCCUCCCUGCUUUUAAGGACUCAUUGGCACCUAGAGUAAGAAUAGCUUUUUAGUAGACCGUUUGUUUCCAGUACGAUUAAUUAUUGGUCAAAGUAUUUUUUUGUACUCUGUCCAUUUGAACUAGGGCCAUAAUGUGACCUUGGCCAGGAACCCGCUAUGCGUAGAGCACUUGGCUUAGGAGGGUCUGCCGUUAYUGCUGUCCCAUGUGUCUGCUGCCCUGUAACUCGGUGUUUUGUACUUCCCACAUUGUGCUGUUUCACCUCUUUCCUUUCUAGUUUGAGAGCUGAACAAAAUGUCUGAAACGCAUCAGUCCUUUUUCCAGGCGUCGUUUUUCUCGGCCAGUCCGGCUUUGGAAAGAUCCAGGCUGGCUCUGGGAAUCCGCUUCCAGCACCGUGCAGCUCCUCACCGAGCCCACGGUGCUUGGAAAACACCAUCCCUACUCCCAGCCCUGAGAUCUGGUUUCCAAACGAAAAUCCCGGCUCUCAGGCUUAGAGUUCUGUUAAUCUCAGACGAGCUGGUCUUUCC